GAUGAAUCUACUUGUGAAUCUGAGUUAAGCCUUUGGAUUGCUGAUAACAACACAAGGGUUUCCAAGAUUGAGGAACAUCUGAUCAGAGUGGACGUUUAGAAGAGCAGAGUGCUGAGAUCUAGAAGAUUGAUUUAUACCUAGUUUCACAUUACUGCAUCAUAAAGAUGCAGUAAGUGUGAACUUUACAAAUACCUUUUAUACUUCCAUGAUUGUACAAAUAGGUCAUGGUAUGGCGCGUCCAUGUUAUUCAGCAGACUGGGCCGACAGGAGACUAAGGUCACCAAGUGAAAACCAAAACCGACCCCAGAAACGAUCUUAUCAAGAAAAGGAUGAUAAUCUCAUAGGCUUGUACAGGGAAGGGCAAACGAAGUGCCUCAGAGAACAAGAAUGGUGCCCAGUUUGCCGUAAGCCUGUGACAGCUGGGGUUGUUCACCAGUGUGCAGCACUGAUCCAGUCUUCAGGAAGCACUCAGCCAGAGGUUUCGCUUAGUGCUGUACGUGUUUCUCCAGAAAAGAACUCAAGAGGAACUGCAUCUGGUAUUCCACCUCAUUUAAGUCUGGAGUCUCUUAACUAUCAGCAUCAUGGUAUGCCAGAGCAAAGUAAUGAUUCACAUUUCCUCAACACGAACUCUAACCAUAGUCCAUCUAUAUCCAGACUUGCAGACAUCCCUGCAAAUUGUGCUCAUUCAACAGUUCAUAAAGGGAAGCAUAUAUUUCCAGAAGACACAAGUCAAACCUUUGCCCAUAAUGCUGUCUCACCUCAAGGAGAUGAUGCAAAUUUUCCAACCCCAGUCUUGGCCAAAGGCCACUCAAUGAGUGCCCAACAGACAUCUUCAUCUUGGUCGAAUGAACUAGAAAACUCAAAAGGCAAAUUAGAAAAAUGGGAAACUCCAACUAGCCUUAUUUCACGGUUGACAGCAGGCCUUACAACUAGUACCGGAUUGCCACAGGAUGAUCGUUCCUCUACCAGCCGAAGUUGUGCUUCACCCUCAAACAGUGAAAGCAGUGAGGCUUCUAGCUUUUUUUCUCAUCGUGAGCCAUACCAUUAUGAAGAUCCAUUUGCUAUGGCUCAUCAAGAGUUGGUGGAUGAAACAACGAAGCAUGACCAACCACCAGUGAUCCAAAAGCCACCAAAAUUAUCGAAAGACAUCCAACUAGAGGAUAUGUCAGAGAGAAGAGGUAGAUCACGGUCACAGAUGAGCAGUGAGAGUGUAUAUUCAGAAGGAAUGCAUGGAGAUUCAAAUACUUAUGGAUCCCAGGAUUCAGACAUGGAAGAUAGUACAAGUACAUACCUAGAUGCAGAUGGUCAGCUUCCUGACAUUGAUACACUUUUAAAAUCAAUCAAAGAACCAGAUCUCAUUCCUUAUGUACCUGAUAAAUUGGCAAUUAAUAAGUAUUUGGAGCCUCAUGAAGUAGGACACAUUAACCAUUUGAUCAAGAGUCUUUCAGAUGCCAUGCUGACUAUCAGUUUGCCAGAGACACUUUAUAAGAAUAAAGGGUUUACUCCACUGGAUUACAUGGAUAUUCAUUUAAAUGCUGUUAUUAGACAUUUCUUCUUUGUAUUCAAAAAUGAAGACUUUCUAAAUUUACUGCUGCCUGACCAAAUGGCUUUGUUAGACGGGUGUUCUUUAGGAGCUGUGUGUUGCUCUGGUCUCUAUCUCUUUAGCAAAGAAUCUGGAUGUUGGUAUAUUCCUGGAGCAACAGGUAAAAUCAAUCAUCCAGUUAUUCACAUCUCAGACUUAAUGCAGGUUUACCCCCAACAGUUUGUUACAAGAAUUUUUGAUUUGCACACUACAGCAGCCAAGCUUGGGUUUGACUGGCCAAUGGGUGUUAUAACUCAGUGUAUUCUUAUGUACACACCCAUUGGCAAAGUGAUAAAGGAAAUUGAGAAAAUUGAUACUCUGAGGAAUAAAUAUGUAAAAUUGCUCUUAAAAUAUGUUACUUGGAAAAAUGGACCAUACAAUGCAAGUCAGGUCUUUCCUGAAAUUUUAAAACUUCUUGAUGCUGUGCUCCUCCUGGUGGAAGAGUUAGCUACCACAACCCUAAAUUUAACAGCAGAAGAGGUGUUGGCUGUUGAAGAUAGACUCUCAACUCUAACAGUCAGUCAAAUUGCAACCCUUCAGUGCCAACCUAAUCCAUUUAAAGAUCCAAAGGCAUCAUGGCCAAGUUUAAAGUUUGUAAAUCUGGGAGAAAUACAAACAAGGCUAUGUAUGGCCAUGCACAUUAGCAUGCUUGACUCUCUUCAAAUGAAUAAUCCUGAUUGCUGGGCUGGCAGCAGCAUGUGCUACUCUUUCUCACUACCUCGGACUUCAGAGAUCCUCUCCCCCAGAAAGAAAUUGCCUCAGUUAAUGUCAGGAAAAGAUGGUUGUACAAAUGCAGAAUCAUCAGUUCAUUCAAAUCAUACCAAAAACAAAGGUGUACAUUCAAGCAAAGAUAUAAUGGCUGAAAAUGAAUACCUGGCAGAAAAAGAUUUAAUGCUGUUGCGAAGAUUUUUAGAAGAUGUAACUGAUAAGGAAAGUUCAUUAAUUGUAAAGGGAAUAAGAGAAAAGAUGGAUUCUAAUAUGAUUAAGUUGAUUAUUGAUAAGCUAUGCUCAUAGACCAUAUAUUAUAUGUAAGUAAGCAGUGAAAAAGAAAGAAAAUAUUUUUGUAAUGUAUAGAGGCCAGAAACACUUGAACAGCUUAUACUAGUUAUGAAAUUGGUACCAGAGCAGAGCUGUAAAAGGAAUGAUACACAAAAUGAAUAAUAUACACCAU